GCUGGAGUCAUUUCAUCGUGAACCUUCAUUGUUUGAUCUUCUCUCUUCUGUGUUUGUCUGUAAUUCAGAGGGACAAAAAUGAAACUUGCCAUCCUGUGCCUGUGUCUGGCUAGCACCGCCUGCGCUGUACCAUAUCAGUACCUUCCACAUUAUGCAGGUUCCAGACCGCAGGCACCACUGACACAGGUGAAAAAUUCCCUCACAGCUGGUUUCCCACAAAUAGGAGUUCCUGGAGCUUAUAGUGUGGAAAUGUACUACCCUCACGGAUUUUUCGGCGGUGCAACUGGAGCAAACCAAGGACAGAGCGUUGGAUUUAUCAAGUACUCCAUUCCACAGCCACCAGGCAGACAGAGUUUGGAAGUCAUGUACCCCUACGACUUUGCUCAACAAAGGAUACUGCAGCACAUUCCUCCAAUGACAAAUCGCCCUGUCAUGCAAGACGUUCUCCCAUUUGAAUAUCAACCUCAAAAUCCCCAGCAAGGCAUGAAUAUGCCAUCCUUUGAUGCCAAUGCUAUUCCAUCCCAAAAUCCACUGCAGCCACUCCAACAGGACCAGCCCACACAGACGAGCCAGGUGCCACCAAAAAUGUGAAGAGUGAUUUAUUCCUCCUCAGAUGUCUUCAUCUGAAAACAACUUUGACAUUUUUUUUUCAUGAAUGCAGAAAUAAUAAUGGGAUAAAUAGGAAUGUUAGGACAUUGACAUAUAACAGGAUCAUCUGCAUAGUUUGAAUUAUUUCUGAAGAACUAUUUGACUCACUUUUCCUUUAAUAAACUUGAACCUGUUGUAGGCAUGUAGACUAUAAAAUUAACUCACAUGCUGUAUGCUGAAUUUUCACAUUAUCUUCAUAUUAUUUAUUUCUAACCUCUUUUUAUGUCAUUUUCUUUUAAGAAAUAAACUCUAUGAAGCAAUGUUA